AUGCCCAACUAUGUAAAGUUCCUCAAAGAUAUACUCGCAAAUAAGAGGAAGAUUGGGGAAAAUGAAAUCGUUUCACUAACAUACGAGUGUAGUGCACUCUUCCAGAAUAAUAUCCCCAAGAAAAGGAAAGAUUUGGGAAGCUUCACAUUGUCGUGCUCGAUUGGGGGGAAAGAAGUUGGAAACGCACUCUGUGACUUAGGGGCAAACUACGAAGCUGAUACUGAGGUGCAAAUCAUAUUGGGUCGCCCAUUUCUAGCAACUGGGCGUGCACUCAUUUAUGCACAAAAAGGAAAGCUUAAUAUAAGGGUUGAUAAUCAACAAGCCAAGUUCAACGUUCUUAUUGCGUUGAAAUACCUAAAUGAUAUAGAAAACUGUCACCAUAUUGGGGAAUUGCAGGAAGGGCAAUGGCACAAGCUUCAAGAAGAAACUGAAGAAGAAGAUUUUGAGAUUGGUGCAAUGAUGGAGCAAAGUUGCACCACAAUACAAACGGAUCACGAUUUUGAAUCAAUGAAUUUAUUUGAGCGGUUAACGAAACGAAUUAAGCCAUCUUUGGAGGAACCACUCGUGUUAGAGAUGAAGGCGUUACCAAUGCACCUUAAAUACGUUUACCUAAGAGGCAAUGACACCCUGCUCGUCAUAAUCUCUGCUUCGCUAAGCAAAGAGAAUGAGAAAGCACUUAUCCAAGUCCUCAAGAAGUAUGUUAAAGCCUUGAGAUGA